AUGACUUCUCUGUACAGUAUCAAAGGAAUCGCGAUUCUCGAUCAGGAUGGGAAUCGAGUGCUGGCAAAGUAUUACGAUGAAGAAGUGCUGCCAACAACAAAGGAGCAGAAAGCAUUUGAGAAAAAUUUAUUCCAGAAAACAAGCAAAGCAAAUGCUGAAAUUAUUCUUUUGGAUGGAAUAAUUUGCGUAUAUCGAAGCAAUGUUGAUUUAUUUUUCUACGUUAUGGGUAGUGCGGAUGAGAACGAGAUGAUCCUGGUUGCGGCUCUCAAUUGUUUGUACGAUUCUGUUUCACUGGUGCUACGGAAAAAUGUUGAGAAAAAAGCACUGGUUGAUAAUAUGGAUAUUGCGAUGCUGAUUAUUGAUGAAAUUUGUGAUAAUGGGUAA